AUGGCGAACUUAGAUUUCUUAACGUCCGAAGAAAAAGAAAAAGUGCAACAGUUUAUGGAAAUCACUAACACAAAAUGUGCGGAAACUGCUCAUCAACUAUUGUCUGACAGCAAUUGGAGACUUGAUAGCGCGAUUGAAACGUUUUUCAUUGUUAGUUCGAUAGAUGCAGGAGAACCGAGUGCAUCAGAUCAAUCGAAUUCCGAAAAUAACCGCAAUGUGGGAUUUGUCGAGAAUAUUGGAGAGAGUCACGAUAAUAUUCAAGAAAUUUCUGCUGGAUAUGAUAGUGAUUGGAACGCUUCUCAUACAAUUCGAGAGCCACUGAUGACCUUCUCAGACCAACCGGUGCCAGACCAAUUAAACAACUUUAUAACCAACUUCCAUGAAAGAUAUUGUACCAGCCCAGACACUACAAUGCCGACUUUUUACACUGAUACUCUACAAAACGCCAUCGAUAUCGCCUUUGGUCAUGAAAACGAGAACUUAUGUCGUCCGCUUGCUCUUUUUUUGAACAACGAGAAAAGCAGACACACGGAGAAUUUCAUCAAAAGUAUUCUAUGCAAUACGUUGGUUUGCGAGUUUCUAAGAGAAAAGUUUGUUUUGUUUCCAUGGGACACUACUGAAGAGUUAAACAAGGAGCGGCUUUUCCAAAUGAUGAUAGACUCAAGAAUGAGAGCUGUUUGUGAUGAAUUGGCUGACUUUGCACGUUCAGUGGACGAUUUCCCUGUACUAGUCAUCAUGAACCGCAAGCGCUACUCAUUCGAAAUAAUCAGCCAAUUCAAUUGGAGAAGCGAUGUGAACGAAGCAUUCGAGGGUCUUCAUGAAGCAUUUGAUAAGUUUAAACAUGAGCAACUGGUCGAGAUAAGUAAGGAGAUUGAGAGAAAGAAGGAACGAGAGAUCUUUGAUCAACAACGCGCUGAUUAUGAUGCGAGUCUUCAAGCAGAUUUGGAAAAAAAGAAACGAAAGGUGGAGAACAAAGUAAUGGAGGAAAAAGAAAAAAAUGUAAAAGAGGCAAAGGACAAAGUGCAACAAGAAGCAGAAGAAGAAAAAGUAAAAGAAAAAGAAAAAGAAGAUCAAAAAAUCAAAAUUCUGCUUUCAAAGCUUCCCAUGGAACCCGAAGCCUCCGAUCCAACCUGUGUAACUGUUCAAUUCCGUUUUCCAGAUGGUACACAGGGCUCCAGAAGAUUUCUUCAAUCAGACAGCAUCCAAACAAUGCUUGACUACCUGACAACCGAACGUUACUCCCCUGAACAGUGUCGGUUCUUCAAUUCAGAAUUUCCAAGGAAAGAUAUCAUGAAGUGCUACGAUUGUCACAAAAAUUUUGGUGACGUGAAUUGGCCAAAAAGAGAAACUGUGUGGAUCGUCUUAAACUGA